GGCCAUAAGAGGCUGGUCUAGAAAGGAGGGGCACCAACUUACAGAAACAUGCAUGUGACACACCGCCGAGGACACACACGGGUCCUCCAAAUGGCCACACGGGCUCAUUCCCUCACGCUGUGACGGGUGCAUACCUGAUCACAUGCACAUCUGAGGCACAUGCAGGGACAUAGAUGGAAAGACACGGCAGGCAAAUGCAAUGCAAAAACCAGCGGUACACAUCAUGCAUGAGCACAUGCACUCACAACACACCCAUUCACAUGUGUGCAGAGCUUCAUGCACAUGUAUGCAUAAGGAAGCCCCUCCUUGCCCCAAGUGGGUGGGGGUCACCUGCACACACGCCUACAUCCUUGUGCAGAACUGGCUGGCUGUUUCCUCUUCAUUGCCUUCUACUCAGCCUCCACAAUCUAACCUGCACUCAGGGGACCUUUCAGGACUAGAUGAAGGGUGGGACUUGGCUCGGCGGCCAUGGGCAAGCAGAACAGCAAGCUGCGGCCCGAGAUGUUGCAGGACCUGCGAGAGAACACAGAGUUCUCAGAGCUGGAGCUGCAGGAGUGGUACAAGGGCUUCCUCAAGGACUGCCCCACAGGAAUCCUCAAUGUGGAUGAGUUCAAGAAGAUCUACGCCAACUUCUUUCCCUAUGGUGACGCCUCCAAGUUUGCCGAGCACGUCUUCCGCACCUUUGACACCAACAGCGAUGGCACCAUAGACUUUCGGGAGUUCAUCAUUGCGCUGAGCGUGACCUCGCGCGGCCGCCUGGAGCAGAAGCUCAUGUGGGCCUUCAGCAUGUAUGACCUGGACGGCAACGGCUACAUCAGCCGGGAGGAGAUGCUGGAGAUCGUGCAGGCCAUUUACAAGAUGGUUUCGUCCGUGAUGAAGAUGCCGGAGGACGAGUCGACCCCGGAAAAGAGGACUGAGAAAAUCUUCCGCCAAAUGGACACAAACAACGACGGCAAGCUGUCCUUGGAGGAGUUCAUCCGCGGGGCCAAAAGCGACCCAUCCAUCGUGCGUCUGCUGCAGUGCGACCCCAGCAGCGCCUCCCAGUUCUGAGAGGAGCCAGGUUCCCCUUCCUCCCUCCCUUCACCGGCCCCCUCCCGGCUCUUAGCUUCCACUCCCUUGUGUGUAUUCUGGCUGGGGGCCAGAUUGGGGAAGCCCUUCUCCCCGGGUCUGCCCUGUGGGGGGCUUCCGGAAAAGGGAACCCUGCGGUACCCCCAGGCCAAAGCAAGUAAGCGGUUAGCACCCCCCAAUCCCAGAGGCAACAAUAGAGACACAGGCUGGGUUGGUCUGCCCCUCAGUCAGGCCCCCUUACCCACCCACCAGCCCCGAGGCCAGACCCCUCCCCCAAAGGGGCAGUCCCCUUCUUGCAGGUCUCAGCUUGCGGGGUGGGGGGAGUCAUGCCCAGGGGAGGAGACUUUUUAUCUGGAGGGGAGAGAAGGAUUCUAGGGGUGUGGAGUUGGAGAAAGAGGCUUCCUUGAGCCACCCUUCCCACCCCAGCCCUUGCUGGUCCCUAGGCCAAGCCACCAAGUGAAACCUUCCAGGAUACUAGCCCGCCAGCUGUGGGUCCCAGAAAGCCAGCCUGCCUUUUAGCACUUGGAUACACACAGACCCACGGAGCUCUCUGUGUUUGGCCUCUCACACACACACAGGCCCAUAGACAGAUGGGCAGAUGCACCCAGAGCCCCAUGCACAGUGUCCUGCGUGGGAAAGAGGCACGGUCCCCCCGGCUGAGCCCCUGUCCUCCCCUCUGUCCCCCCAACCGCCCCCCCUGCAUGCAGCCAAAUGGAGCAUCUCUGUUCUUUUUAAUAAUUUCAGAAUAAAGUCUCAUUUCAGUGCA